CUGUAUUCGAUGGUGCUGUUUCAGGACGUAAUCGUUUUCAAUCAUUAAUAUUCUGACAGCUGAGGGUGUAUACAUUCAAGUCUAGAGAUCAACUGGCCGAACGUUUGGAAAGAAGUUUUACAGAAUGGAAUUCGCAGACUUCAUCAAGAUCCCAAUGGUUGAUGGUGUGAUAAUGAGGAGACCAUUUGAGGGCUCUGUGGAGGGCACACUAUGUGUUACAGGCCAUCAUCUUAUUUUGUCUUCUCGCAAAGACCAACGAGAAGAACUUUGGCUUCUUCACAGUGCUGUUGACAGUAUUGAGAAGAAACUUAGUGGUUCUGGUGGAAGUCUCUACCUCAGAUGUAAAGACUUUGGUGUUGUACAGCUCGACAUUCCAACUGCAGAUGACUGCAUAAGUGUAUCCAGCUCAGUAGAGCAACUCUCAAACAUAGAUGACAUGACGCUGAAAUACCCUUUCUUCUAUCGAGCUAGCUUUGAAGUGAUGGAGGAUGGGUGGCAAGCAUUUCUACCUGAAACAGAGUUUGGCCGUUCUAAGGAAUGUUCAGAUGAAUGGAGACUUAGUUAUGUCAACAAAGACUUUCAGGUGUGCUCAUCCUACCCACAGGCAUUGAUUGUUCCCAAAUCAGUGGAUGAUGAAACUGUCUCUAAGGCAGCAACCUUCCGUCAGUAUGGCAGAUUCCCAGUAUUGAGCUAUUAUCAUAAAGACAGCAAGGCAGUCAUCAUGCGUAGCAGUCAGCCUCUCACAGGUCAGAAUGGGCGAAGAUGUAAGGAAGAUGAAAAGCUUCUGAAUGCUGUACUUGGAAUUGGACGGAGAGGAUAUAUUGUUGACACAAGGGCUCAGAGUGUUGCAAAGAUGGCCCAAGCUAAAGGAGGGGGAUAUGAACCGGAGGCACAUUACUCACAGUGGCGGAGAAUUCAUCAGCCAAUAGAAAGGAGACAGGCAUUUCAUGACUCCCUCAUCAAGCUAAUGGAAGCUACUAGUGAUGGUGGUGCCAGCAUGGACAAAUGGUUGUCAAAGUUCGAAUCCAGCAAUUGGCUUACUCACGUGAAGGACAUCCUGACAUGUGCUUGUGUUGUUGCUCAGUGUGUUGAUAAAGAAGGGGCCACAGUACUGGUUCAUGGGUCAGAGGGUUUGGACACAACACUGCAAGUGACUUCAAUUGCCCAGCUUAUUCUUGAUCAUGACUGCAGAACUGUAACAGGAUUUGAGGCUCUUGUGGAACGUGAAUGGAUUCAGGCAGGGCAUCCUUUUCGCAGUCGUUGUUCCAAGUCGGCAUAUGCCAUAACCAAGCAGCGCCAGGAGUCUCCCAUUUUUCUUCUCUUUUUAGACAGUGUGUGGCAGAUAUGGCAGCAGUUUCCUUGUUCCUUUGAAUUCAACGAGAACUUUCUGGUGUUACUUUUUCAACAUGCAUACAGUUCUCAAUACGGGACAUUCCUGUGUAACAAUGAGAAGGAGAGAGUUGGCCACCAUCUAACAACAAGGACUGUCUCUCUAUGGUCUUUCAUCAACAGGCCUGAGAUUCUGCAACAAUAUCUCAAUCCAAUGUAUGAUCCCAAUCCAGCUGUCAUCUGGCCAUCUGUAGCACCGCAAAGUCUGUCUUUGUGGAGUGGCUUGUAUUUGAGGUGCCAAGUCAAUCAAAGACCAGGUGAGGAAGCUUGGGCAGAGGUUACAAAGAUUCGUGAAUUUGACAAGGAACUGAAGGCAAAGGUUACCAAACUUAGAAGACAACUGGCAAGCUUGGAGAAGGAAGCUCUGUCUGCUGGUGCCAUUCUUCCCUCUACACUCGACUGACUGGAGCAGCUGUAGCCUGGAUGACACCAUGGAAUGAAUAGGACGUCUGUUGACCCACCGUAUUAGCUGACCUAAACUUUCUGUUUAACUUUGCUGAUGGCGUAGCAGAGGCAAUCUCAUACAUCUGUUUUAUCCAUUCAUCAUAACGUUUACAUUUUGGACAUCUCUUCUGAAACUUAAGGCAUAAGAAGCUGAAACUAUGUAAGGAUGACUUCACCUAUGGUGUCCUAAAAGUUGCUCACCGAAAUAUGGGCUCCAAGACUGCCAUUAUACAUAUUUAUGGCCAUUAAUCAGACCUGAUGUGUUCUCCUGCAGGAAAUGCUUUGGCAUUAGGUUUUUAUCUGUGUCUGUUAGUAUGUAUAAAUUGGCGUUUUCUCAAACUUUGACACAUUCUUUUUGCUUUUGUUCCUUUAAAACUUUUUUCAUUGUGUAAUGGAUAGUUUCAUGAAAAUGACUUCAUAUUUUGUAGAUAUAUUGGUGAAAAACUGUUUCUCCAAAUGUAGAAACGUUAUUGCCCUAGUUGUCUGUAUGUGGUAGAGCGCAAGUUUUCAAGCAAUUGUCUUACCUUUGCAAGUGAAAGACAUAAGAGGGAAACUUGUGCUGUAUCAUUGCCUGUCUGUAAGUGAAGUUAUUGUUGUUACCUCACAGGAUAACUCUCAUACACUGUUCCACAGAUCUGUAAAUGUUCCAGUAUAGAAUAGUAAGAAUAGACUCUCUGCCUUUGUAAAUCCAUCCACACACACACACACACACACACACACACACACACACCCACACCCUAUUUAUAGUAAUGGAGCCUCCUACCUCACUGACCACAAAUAUGAUUAGGAAUGUAAACUUUCAAUCAAAAGUUGUGUUUGCUUAUAGUUUUUGCUCCCUUGAACCAAAAAUCAAGUGAGCUUAUGUCAUGUUUUUUUUUUGUCUGGUGUGCCAAGCUGAAACUUCACUUAGUUGUUUGCACCAAUUAUGACACCACAGCAGCCUUGAUUUGACCACUGCACUUCGACUGUAUUGAAAGCUGAAACUUCUCAUGGCCAUUACCAAGUCAUUUUUGUUCCGAAUGUGAUGACAUUUGGUUUGUGUGUAAUUAGUAGGGGGCUCAACAUACAUGUUCCAUUUUUUCCCCAUUUUUAAAUUUUGACCUUGAUUUGACCUUUGACAUUUGGCCAUGCUCUUAUAUCUUUAAAAAUGCAUUUCUUCCCACUGUAAACAUUUCCUCAAAAACCACUGGACCAAUGAAGCUGACACUUCACAUUCUUCUUCUGACCAAUAAACACAACCCAAUUUGUUCAAAAGGUUUGAAUCUGAUUUUCAGUAUAGCCACUGACAGCAACUUGUUAAGUGACUGUCUUUGUUGACUGUUGUAACUGUUUUCCAAGUGAGCUGUAGUGCUGUUGCCUUUUGGGGGGUACAAAAUGUAAUGAGAUUUAGUAUUUGUUUAGGUAAUUUUGGGCAGUGUGUUCUGUUUAUUGCAAUAUUUUUUAGAUUAGACCUUGCUGUAACCAUUCACUCCUGUUAUCUCACAAAAUGUAUAUUUGGCUCUAUAAACUUCUUUUCUGAAGCUAAGCUGAAGUUUGGCAUGUAUGUUUCUCCAUCAGAUUUUGUGGAAGGUCUUUAGAUUGUAUCAUUACUUUUGUGACCUCAGUAUGUAUACUGAGCAACAAAAGUUCCUGUGACAUUGAAUAAGAUUUAAUGCAAAGUUAGGUUUUUUACCAAAUCUGAAACAAUUUCGACUUGCGACAGAUAAAAGACUCCUGUAAGUGUUCAAAUGGUUUAAUUUGCCAUACUGACUUCAGAAAAUGCGUGAUUUCAUAAAAGAAAUUACAAAUCAAUACGUGUGUGUCCACCUCUGGUUGUGAUGCAAGCAACACAUCUUCGUCUCAUGGAAUGGACCCGGCGUCGCACAAAGCCCUUAGGGAUAUCUGUCCAUAUUUGCUGGAGCUUGUUUCGAAGAUCCUGGAGUGUCUGUGGAAUACAUGGUUGACGUCGAAGGCGCCGAUCCAUGUCAUCCCACAUGUGCUCGAUUGGUGAGAGAUCAGGGGAGCGAGCCAGCCAGGGGAUGACAUUCACUUUGUUUUGUUGAAGAGAAUCCUGAAAAAGUCGAGCAAUAUGAGGCCCGGCAUUCUCAUGUUGAAAGGUAAUGCCUGGGGCAUGACAACGCAAAAAUGGUGGAACAGGGCUGAUGAUCUCGUCGCGAUAGCGCUGUCCAUUGCGAUUUCCUUCUACCACUGUCAAACGGGUCCUCUGUCUUGCUGUAAUCCCUUCCCAUAUCAUAACGCUGCCGCCCCCGAACCGAUCUUCUUCCAUGACACAAUGAUUGACACUCGAAUCCGUCCAUUGCUGUGGCUGAUGUGAAAACGAGACUCGUCAGUGAAUAGAACUUGUCCCCACUGCAUGGCCGUCCAGCAUAGACUCUGUCUGCACCACUGUAGAUGUGCUUGACGGUGGUUUCCUGUCAAAAUAGGACGUCUGGAGGGUCUUCUGGCAACAAUCCCUACACAUCUGAGGCGACAACGUACAGUUUGUGAAGAUGUUCGUCGAAGGCCAGAGAUGCUGCUUGUAGUCACUGUUACUGGCUGGAAUCGAUUUUGUAGGUGUGUUGUUUGAAUCCAGUUGUCUUGUCGAUUAUUGGUUACGUGUGGCCUGCCACUGCAAGGAUGGUCUCUGACUGGAUUUGUCUGUUGCCAACGUUGCCAUAA